CUAAAACGUAAUCAGUCAGUGGAUGGACGUCCGCGAGGCUAUACACAACUCUCAUCAGCCCUCCGUAGUAUAGAGUAAAAAUAAAAAUCCUAUUACCGUAUAACCAGCAACUUCUCAACAGUAUCCGAAUGUGCAACAAUAAUGAACGCAAAAUUCUUGAAGCCCAAGACAAUUCGUAAUUUCUUCAUACGUCUGCUGAGAAGCAAUCCGACAGAUCCCGAAACAGAGAAACCUGAUAGAAUUGGUAAUCCAAGUAUUGAAGCUGUUGCUUCACAAGUAAGCCCAGUACCAACACCACCGCCUGAUCCUAUCAGGCCUGUGCCACAGAUACCAGAUGCUGAUGUACCUACGGCCAAAGUAUUCAUAGCACUAUACGACUAUGACGCGAGAACAGAUGAGGAUUUGAGUUUUCGUAAGGGUGAGCAUCUGGAGAUACUCAAUGACACACAAGGGGAUUGGUGGUUGGCCAAGAGCAAGAGAACGAGACAGGAGGGAUAUAUUCCUAGCAAUUAUGUGGCCAAGUUGAAGUCAAUCGAGGCUGAGCCAUGGUACUUCAGAAAAAUCAAGCGCAUUGAGGCUGAGAAGAAACUGUUGCUGCCUGAAAAUGAUCACGGAGCUUUCUUGAUUCGUGACUCAGAGAGCAGACACAAUGAUUAUUCGCUUUCCGUUCGCGAUGGUGACACGGUUAAACAUUAUCGUAUUCGUCAAUUGGAUGAGGGUGGAUUUUUCAUCGCAAGAAGGACAACAUUCAGAAAUCUCCAGGAUCUCGUUGAGCACUACAGUAAAGAUGCCGACGGCUUAUGCGUCAAUCUCUGCAAGCCUUGUGUACAGGUGGAGAAACCCGUGACGGAGGGUCUCAGUCAUAGAACGCGAGAUCAAUGGGAGAUUGACAGAUCAUCGUUGAAAUUUGUGAGAAAACUUGGACAGGGACAAUUUGGUGAGGUCUGGGAGGGCCUGUGGAAUAACACAACGCCAGUUGCCAUUAAAACACUCAAACCUGGUACAAUGGAUCCUAAAGAUUUCCUUGCUGAGGCACAAAUCAUGAAGAAAUUACGGCACACCAAACUCAUUCAACUGUACGCUGUUUGUACAAUGGAAGAACCCAUCUACAUUAUCACCGAGUUGAUGAGGAAUGGCAGCCUGCUGGAAUUCCUUCAAGGAAAAGGCCGAGGUCUGAAGCUUCAACAAUUGAUCGACAUGUCCGCUCAAAUAGCAUCAGGAAUGGCAUACCUAGAAUCGCAAAAUUACAUUCAUCGGGACUUGGCGGCUCGUAAUGUUCUGGUUGCUGAUGGUAAUGUCGUUAAAAUAGCUGAUUUCGGUCUUGCUAGAUUGAUCAAAGAGGACGAGUAUGAAGCUAGAAUUGGUGCUCGAUUCCCCAUUAAAUGGACAGCCCCAGAAGCAGCGAACUACAGCAAAUUCAGUAUUAAAUCAGACGUAUGGUCUUUCGGUAUUUUAUUGACUGAACUUGUCACCUAUGGACGAAUUCCUUAUCCUGGCAUGACAAAUGCUGAAGUAUUGCAUCAAGUGGAGCACGGCUACAGAAUGCCGUGUCCACCAGGUUGUCCAACGGCUCUCUAUGACAUAAUGCUCGAGUGUUGGAACAAGGAUCCAAUGAAGAGGCCGACAUUCGAGACCCUCCAAUGGAAGCUCGAGGAUUUCUUUACAAUGGAGAGCUCUGAAUACAAAGAAGCAUCCGCGUACUGAGUGUUAUUCAUCAAUUCGAAAGCAUCAUAUUGAAAUGCCAUUUUUUUUUCUCCAGAACAAAAGCAUUUUAAAAUAUAAAACAACAACGUAGGAGAGAAAAAAAUUGAUAACUAAUCGUUGAAAUAGUGUCGUUUAUUUUUCUAACGUCGUCUUUGUUCAUUUUAUUGGUUUUAAAAUCAUUCUGGCUGCCAUAGGUUUGAAGUGAAAAUGAUACUAUUAUUAUUUGUAUUUGAAAGAAUCACUUGCACUUGGAUGGUAUCGUCAGAAAUGGAAAUUUAACAUUGAAAAACCAGUGUACAUGAGUUUUAUAUUUAAACUUGAAAAGAUAGCGAAACGCCUCUUGAAACCGGUCUACAUGAGAUCAACGCGGAUGUAUAUGCACCCGGGCCGGAUGCACUUCAACCAUUGGUGAUUGCUCGGAAUUUUAAUGGUGAUAUCAUCGCUUCCAAGUAUGAAAUAUCGUAAUGUAAAUCCAAAACUUCAAACUGCACUGUUUAAGAAUUAAUUUUCGUUGUUUAAUCUACAAACUAAUGUGAGAAUUUCCAAAGUUCAUAAAAGUCGUUUCAUUCAACCAUUUAUGUAAAUGUAAUCUCCUUAUGUUCGAUAUAAUUUUUAACCGGUCCGUCCAAAUGGCAAGACACGGCGACGGUCAAUAGCAGAAAAAUAGAAUAACUCUUGCCUCAGUUUUCAUUUCAAUUUCAUUUUUCAUGUGCUUACAAUCAUUUCAUCAGAGAGAUUUGAUAUAAAAUGAUGAAUAUUGUAAUAUUUUAAGUGUUCACGGAAAAAUAAAAAUGAGAUAUUCACUGGUGAAUAGAAAAUAAGAUAUCACAGGUAGAGAAUCUACGAUACCUUAAACCAAUUCAUCAAUUUCGAAAUGUGAAGGCUUUCCUUCAAUUCCAGACAAGUUCUAUAUUAUUGCCUUUUUUUCUCCUUGGAGUCUAUGGUGCCCGUGUUUAUGUACAGUCAUGAUUUUUCAGCAAGACAUGAAGGAAGAGGAGAAAGAAAAUGAAAAAAAAAUGAAAAGAGCCCGGAGCAAUAGCAUCUUAAUAGAAACGACAAUUUCAAGCAUAAGAUACCAUUGAUACAUAAAUAAUUAUGUAUGUAUGUGUGCGUAUACAUGUAGUAUCCAUGAGUAUAGUAUUAUACAUAGUAGUUGAGAAAAUAAUGAUAAUAUUUUAUAUUAAUUGUAAAAGGGAUGAACAGUUUCCCCAAUUAUAUAGGAACAAAACGAAGAUUGAGAGAGCAAUACCAAUGUUGUUUUGUAUACAAUUGAGGAGUUAUUGAAUGAUGACGAUGAUAAAAUGUCGUGCAGUGAGACAAUUUUCGAAUGUUAAAUUAGUGGAUGCUGAACAACAGCCAAACCACCCUUUGGAGAAUUAUAUUCCUUUAAAUCCAAGAACGGGAACUUGCACAACCAAGUAAUAUUUAUCAGUGGUAAGCACGUGCUGAUAUGAGUGAUUAAAAAUAACAUGUACUUCAGUGCACCGGGUGAAGAGUGAAAUAGACUUAUGGGUUGCGUUAAAUUGAUCGCUUAAAAUCACAGUCUCAAUGCGCAGUUUGUUAAUUUACUGAUAACUGUUUAUUUUACUCACCAAGUGUAUCGAGGAUUAUUGAAUCUCCAGGAUUUCAAGUUAGGCUAAUAAACAUAGUCCAAUGUUCCCGUUCUUGGCAUUACGGAAUAAUUCGAAGAAUUAUUGAGAAAACAUUAUCAAGUGUUUUUCAAAAAUGUAGGAACGUCCAAGAAACAUCGACGAACAUUACAUUAUACCUUAUAUAUAUAUAUAAUUAUUUUUAAAUUUCCGUCGAGUUUAUACUUCCUUUGUCAGUUGGCCUCCUUUUAUACUAUUUUAUUAUUAUUAUUACUAUUAUUAUUAUUAAUUACUAUUAUGCAUUCAUAAUAAAAACAAAAAUGAAACUAUAUGAAUAUUAAA